UAAAGCCUGAUGUUGCGACUUACAGCUCUUUGAUGAAUGGAUAUUGUCUACUCAACAAAAUGGAUCAAGCUAGAGAAAUUUUUGACAUGAUGCUAAGCAAGGGCUGUACACCUGAUGUUGUUACAUACAGUAUCAUGAUUGACUGUUACUGUAGGAGAAAAAGGAUAGAUGAGGCAAUGAGGCUUCUUGAUGAAAUGCCUCGCAAAGGAUUGAUUCCUGACCAUGUCACUUACAACUCCCUUAUACUUGGCUUGUGUAAAGCAAAGAGCCCUCAAGCUGCAUGUAAGUUUUUCAAGGACUUGUGUGCUAGUGGCCAUUCUCCAAAUGUGGUAACUUACUCAAUUUUGAUAGAUGGCUUUUGUAAGCAUAGGUGUCCAGCUGUGGCAUUGAGCCUAUUUCAUGAAAUGCAGAACAACUUAUUGAAGCCUGAUAUAACUGUAUAUAGUACUCUAAUUGAUGGUAUGUUCAAAGCUGGAAAGCUGAAAAAUGCAAAGGAACUGUUUUCUAGGCUUUCCAUAGAAGGGUUGCAGCCUAAUGUGUAUACAUACACUAUAAUCAUCAAUGGGCUUUGUAAAGAAGGCCUCCUAGAUGAAGCAUUCAAGGUUUUCAGGAAAAUGGAAAAGAAUGGCUGCUUACCAAAUAUUUGCUCUUAUAAUGUGAUUAUCCAAGGAUAUCUCCGGCACAACGAUUCGUCCAUGGCAACAUAACUUAUUGAUGAAAUGGUUGGCAAGGGUUUUUCUGCAGAUGCCACCACCACAGAGUUGGUAAUAAAUUUAGUUAUGAACAAGCCUGAUGAUCCGCUUGUGCAAAAGCUGCUAAGCUGCUCUAAACGUUCUCAGGAUGUAAACUUGAAGUGAGAUUUGAGGAUGGAACAAUUGUUAUACAGCGGCAAGAGGUUUUGUCGUAUUUGAAGUUGUUACUUCAACAUGACUCAGAACAUGCUCUAUUCUUGGCAAAUCAAUCUUUAGAUGGUAAAAUUGAGUAUGCUGUGAUUGUAUAUAUUUGUAUUAGACUGCUGCAGCUUUCUUUGGCAAAUAAUAUCUAUAUACAUUGGCUAUUUUGGUUAUAAAUAUAAAUAUAAUUUAUUUUGGAAGC